UUUGCGUCUCGAAGUUGGUUGGUUGCAUUUGUUUUUUAUUCGCGUUCUAUUUUUGUGUGUGACGGUUCCGUUCCGUGCCGUCCGGCGGAAAAGGUUUAUAAUUUCCAGAUUUUAAUGAUUCUCGAUUAGAUUAACGAAUUAAUUGCGAAAUACCUCCCGAUUGCGAUAUAUCUUCAAGAUGCAGAACGGAGACGAUAAUCCAGCGGCGGCGGAUGCACAAAAUGGUGAACAAGCGACAACAACUGAUGCCAAGCCCAUCCCAGAAGAGAUCACCAAGCAAUCCUUCCGCCUCAAAGUAUGGCGGCACUUGGAGAGCAACGGCCUCGCCAUGUUCCCCCGGCCCGUGUACAACCGCAUACCCAACUUCAAGGGGGCGCCCGAGGCCGCUGCGAAGCUGGCAGAGCUGGACAUCUUCAAGAACGCCACCACUGUCAAGGUCAACCCUGACAAGCCGCAGGAACCCGUCAGAGUCCUGUGCUUGGAACAAAAGAAAACCCUCUACGUGCCGGUUCCCCGUCUGCAGACUGGGUUCCUCAACCGCUUAGAGCUGCCGGAAGGCGAGACCGGCCCAGCUGUUUUUAAGAAGGCCGUGUCGCGCAAUGGCAUGGAGACUUAUGGCAAGAGUAUUGGCAUUGAAGACUCCGUAUCCCUGGACCUAGUCGUUAUGGGUUCCGUGGCCGUUUCCAAGGAGGGCUACCGCAUCGGCAAGGGGCGCGGCUACGGCGACCUGGAGUUCGGGCUGAUCAUGCACAUGAAGGCCGUCAAACCCAGCACCAUCGUCGUCACCACCGUGCACGAUUGCCAGGUGUUCGACACCUUACCAGCCGAGCUGUUUGGCCCUCACGACGUUCCCAUUGACGUGAUCAUCACACCGACACAGGUGAUAGAGACACAGAGGAUGAGCCAGCGGCCGCCGGGCAUCAUCUGGCACCUGCUCUCCAACCGCCGUGUUGAGCUCAUGCCAGUACUGGGACAGCUGCGAGAGAUUGAAAUGCUAGCGGGUCGCGCGUGCACGCUGGCGGAGGUGGACACGGACGUGGAGGAGCGCGCGGCGCAGCGCGUGCGCAAGGUGCGGCGCCGCACCAGGUCGCACAAGAGCCAGAGCGAGGGCGAGGGCAACACGACGGAAGGUGAAGAAGGCAAAGGUGCCAAGCCACGCCGCGGGCCGCGCCGCAACAGCGGCAAGGGCAAGGGCGACAAGGACAAGGACGACCACAAGCCGCGCCGCACCCGCAAGCAGAGACCCGUCAUCGACUUCUCCGUCAAGAUUUCGAACAUCAGCCCGAACACGCGGGUGCGCGAUUUGAAGCAAGCCCUUUCCGAGCGCGGGGUCAAGCCUCAAAUCAUGGUGUGGAAGGGUUUCCGUGGAUACUGCUACCUACACUUUUUCAAGCCUGGACCACAAAAGGGCGAGGGCGACAGCGCGGCCACAGUGAACAUGGACAGCGUAAUAUCCGCGCUGGCGGAGAUGUCGGUCGGCGGCAGCGGCGGCGAGUCGCCCAACCGCGACGACAAGCCGCGUCUGCUCGCCGUCGAGCCCGCGCCGCCUCGCGAGCCCCGCGAGCCCCGCGAGCCUCGCGAGCCGCGCGCGCCCCGCGACCAGGCCGCCGCGAGGGACGCGCCCGACACCACGGACACGUCGGCCACACCGGCCACACCGGCCACAACGGCCACACCGGCCGCGCCAGCGGCGGCGGCGGCAGAGGUCCACUGAUUCGCCUCGCCGGCCGUGCACGCGAAAUUCAGGAUAUUUUGAUAACUCCCUUAUUAUUUGUACGAUCACUCGCUUUCGCACCCGACUGACUGCCGGCAGUCGUAACACUAAUUGUUUAGCUUUAAGGUCUAUUUUCCCUUGUGCCGGUCCACAGAAUUCAUGCAUUGUGUUGGGUAUGUUGCAUACUAUACGAACCUUAUUAACGUUAAAAAUAGUAGGUAGAUCUGCCAAAAAAGUGUAGAGCAUCGAUUUUCAAACCAAAACUGACUACAGGUGUAAUGCAUAAUUGUUUUCCAUCGUACUUUCUCGGAAACGUUCGU